AUGUCCGCAUCUUCGAGUUUGGAAUCAAUUGCGAGCAUUCUUGGUUCGCCGCUGGUAUUCAAAGCAUCUCAGCGAACUGCAUGCAAUCGCUUCCUGAAAGCCGCACUUACGGAAUGUCUCGCAACAUGGGAUCCAAGCAAUCCAUCGUCAAACGGAAUACCAACCGAGCCAAUUUUCAAUAUGUAUCAAAAGUGGGGUAAUGGCGGUUUCGGCAUGAUCUUAACGGGCAAUAUAAUGAUUGAUAAAUACCAUCUGGAAUCGGCUGGCAAUAUGAUCAUAGCCAAAGAAAUCGACUCGCAGUUAAGACGUGAAUCGUUCGCGAAACUUGCCAGUUGCAUGAAAUCCCAGCCGAAGACACUUGCGAUCGUUCAGCUCAGUCAUCCUGGUCGCCAAACCCCCAUAACGAUUAAUGCGCGCCCGUUCUCAGCAUCUGAUAUUCAGCUGAAAGUCACUCGACGUUUCACUGGUUUCGGUGUCCCGGUUGCUCUCAGCACCGAACAAAUCAAAACCGAGGUUAGCUUAUUUCAUAGACUCGAGCUUUAA